GGCCGCCGCCGCCGCCCCUGCCGUUAGGUGGUGGGGUUUCUCAGCCCGGCGGCGGGAGGCGGGCCGGCCUCGGCUUCCUGUCGGAGGACGCGCAAGGAUCCGGGCGUCGGAGUGUGUGCGAGUGCGUGAGUGUGUGUCGGCCGCACGGCGUGUGUCUCCGGCCGCGGGUUCCGCCUCCUCCCCUGCCGCCGCUGCUCACGGUGUAAGUCAAUGUGAAGCAGCAGCUCCAGCCCCGGGAUAAACAUGGCGACGUCUCUGCAUGAGGGACCCACGAACCAGCUGGAUCUGCUCAUCCGGGCUGCCUCCCACCACAGCGGAAGCGCCUCGGAGAGGACAGAACGGCUGGGAUUGACAGGCCUCGGGUUCCUAUCCGCUCGCUGCGAUGUUCCGAAUAAGAGCGUUGGUUUCUGGGGGCGGGACUCCUGGCCCGCGGCGGGCCAAUGAAGAUUGGGCGGGAGUGAAGCUGACAAUGUACGCAUGGAAUUGGAGGGAAGAGGAGUGUAAACACGGAAGUGGCCGCGGCGGUGGGGGAUGUGCGGCGCCACUGCUGCAGCGGAAGGGCACGGACUUAAGUUACAUAGAGAAAGCGGCUUUACUUAAUAGCAGACAGCGCAGCGAGGGCCCUGAGUCGGCGUAGCGGAGCUUGAGUACGGUUUACCUACUGCAGUGAGCGUCAGUGUUCCUUUCCCUGGCUUCUCUUUCAUAUCGCCAUCGAUGGGAAUUGGAAGAUGGGGAAGAGUCACCGACGAGGAUUGCUGUAAAGGAUCUUACCGGCUGUUUUCCAUCCACUGUUUUUAGUGGAAGCAUCAGUUCAUAGCAGUAAUGCACACUGUACAGAUAAGACAAUUGAAGCUGCUGAAGCCCUGCUUCAUAUGGAAUCUCCUACCUGCUUGAGAGAUUCAAGAAGUCCUGUGGAAGUGUUUGUCCCUCCUUGUGUAUCAACUCCAGAAUUUAUCCAUGCUGCUAUGAGGCCGGAUGUCAUUACAGAAACUGUAGUGGAGGUGUCAACUGAAGAAUCUGAACCAAUGGAUACCUCCCCUCUUCCUACGUCACCAGAUAGCCAUGAACCAAUGAAAAAGAAGAAAGCUCAAAGGGCUUCGCAGAUUAUCAGAUCCUCUGCAAUCGUUGGCCGUAAACCAAAGACCCAGCAGUCGCCAAUUUCCAAUGGGUCUCCUGAGUUAGGCAUAAAGAAGAAGCCCAGAGAAGGAAAAGGAAACACAACCUAUUUGUGGGAGUUUCUUUUAGAUCUACUUCAAGAUAAAAAUACUUGUCCCCGGUAUAUUAAGUGGACUCAGAGAGAAAAAGGCAUAUUCAAGCUUGUGGAUUCAAAGGCUGUCUCUAAGCUUUGGGGAAAGCAUAAGAACAAGCCAGACAUGAACUAUGAAACUAUGGGACGAGCUCUGAGAUAUUAUUACCAAAGGGGUAUUCUCGCAAAGGUUGAAGGACAGAGGCUUGUAUAUCAGUUCAAGGAUAUGCCCAAGAACAUAGUGGUCAUAGACGAUGACAAAAGUGAAACCUGCAAUGAGGAUUUAGCAGCAGCUGCUGAUGAAAAGUCAUUAGAACGAGUGUCACUGUCUGCAGAAAGUCUCUUGAAAGCAGCAGCUUCUGUACGUGGUGGGAAAAACUCAUCUCCUCUAAACUGCUCCAAAGCAGAGAAGGGUGUAGCUAGAGUUGUGAACAUCACUCCCCCUGGUCAUGAUGCUUCGUCCAGGUCUCCUACUACUACCGCAUCUGUAUCAGCAACAGCAGCUCCAAGGACAGUUCGUGUGGCAAUGCAAGUGCCUGUUGUAAUGACAUCGUUGGGGCAGAAAAUCUCAACUGUGGCCGUUCAGUCAGUUAAUGCAGGUGCACCACUGAUAACCAGCAGUAGCCCAACAACAGCGGCCUCUCCGAAGGUAGUGAUUCAGACGAUCCCUACUGUGAUGCCAGCCUCCACUGAAAAUGCAGACAAAAUCACCAUGCAGCCUGCCAAAAUCAUUACCAUCCCAGCCACACAGCUCGCACAGUGUCAGCUGCAGACAAAAUCAAACCUGCCUGGGUCAGGAAGCAUUAACAUUGUUGGAACGCCACUGGCGGUGAGAGCGCUCACCCCGGUUUCAAUAGCCCACGGCGCGCCUGUCAUGAGGCUGGCAGUGCCGCCUCAGCAGGCAUCUGGCCAGACUCCUCCCCGAGUUAUCAGCGCCGUCAUAAAAGGGCCAGAGAUUAAAUCGGAAGCAGUGGCCAAAAAGCAGGAACAUGACGUGAAAACUUUGCAGCUGGUACAGGAAGAAAAGCCGGCAGAUGGAAAUAAGACAGUGACCCACGUAGUGGUUGUCAGUGCGCCUUCAGCUCUCGCCCUUCCCGUAACUAUGAAAACGGAGGGACUGGUGACGUGUGAGAAGUAAAAGAGCAGCUCUCCCAUGGGCGCUAGAAUGUCAGUGCUAGCCCUGACAGUAAGCAUUUGCAAGGAUGUCAUCAAGAGAAGUCAGAAGACUUUAAAACAUUUGUAAUGCAUAUAAGA